AAAACAGCUUACCUGUGAAAGACAUUAGUAACUGAGGACACUAAAUGAAAAGAGGAAUUUGCAGUUCAGCAGCUCUCAGCCAUGAAGGAUUUUUGUAGCUCUGAUUACCCAUUUUGAUGAUUUUUGAUGGAUUUUUGGAGUGGAGCUGCCAACCUCUCUGCUCCAUUACAUCCAGGAACCUGGUGGGAUCACUGAUGACCUUUGUUGCUGCCCUCACCAGCCCCUGUUUUCCUCCUGCUCUUCCUCCUUAUCCCUCUCCUCCCCUUUCUUAAGCUCCCCUCCCCUCCUCCUCCGUGUCUCCCAGCCCCAGGCUUAUUACUCAAACCCACUGAAGGGAGCAACACAGUAGCUGGCAAAGGAUGAAGCGGGUCUGCCUGCCAACACCAGACAGAGGAUAGAAGACACAAAAGGACUAGCGAAGGGGAGAGAGACAGAGAGAGACAGAGUGUACGACGAGUGGAGAGAGCUACAGCGAAGCUGUGAGAGAAGCAACAACAACAUUCAAAAUGCCACGCCGAAGGAAAAACACAAGUUUCACUUGAGCGUCAUGAGCUAGCGAGGGGCCCCUAACAGAUCUAGAACUGUGGACUCCUUUCUUAACAAACUUCUGGCCCACACACACAAAAGUUGUGGAGACACACACUCCUGCUCUCGAGGGUUCCUUGUUAACACCUGAUAUGCCUCUGUAAGAAGAGUGAGCCAUGCCAGCCAAGGGGAAGUACCUGUUGAACGACCAGGAGCUGAAAAAUGAGGCACUUUACAGCAAAUUCUCCUGCAUCAGCCAGUAUCAGCCACUGGUGCUCCUGCUGGGCCUCUCCAUGCUCUCGUGUGGAAUCCUCCUCAUCCUCUUCUUUGCCCUUCAACUGAGUGCAAGGGAACACUGUGCCUUUGUGAGCGUGGUGAGCGGCAGCCUGUGUGUGUUUCUGGCAGUGUUUGUGCUGGUGUGCACAGAGAUGCUCUCACAGCGAUGGAGGCGUCUUCUUGGCCUGAUUGUAUGGGCCACACACCUCACCAUGGGCUACACCUUCAUCUUCAGCGGCCCGAUCAUUCUGCCUUGGGACCAGGUGCCUUUCUUUCUCUUCAUCAUCUUUACCGUGUACACCAUGCUGCCAUUCCAGUUGUGGUAUGCUGUGGUGCUGAGUGUCAUCUCGUCACUGUCCCACAUCAUGGUCCUCACGAUCCGCCUCACCAUUUACGACAAUAAGCACACUCCUUACCUUGCCAACCAGCUGCUCUCCAAUGCAGUGGUGUUUCUGUGUGGCAGUGUGGUUGGAGCCUUCCAUAAGGUCUUGAUGGAGAAAACCCUGAGGCAAACCUUUCAAGACACCUUAAGGUGCCUCAGCAUGCGGAUGAAGCUGGAGAUAGAAAAGAGACAACAGGAGAACCUACUGCAGUCUGUGCUGCCAGUCUACAUCUCCAUGAAAAUGAAGCUUGCAAUUAUGGAGCGCUUGCAGGACUGUAAAGACAAAGAGGAACAACAGCGACUGGUCAAAGAUAACAACUUCCAUAGUCUUUAUGUCAAGAGGCAUGAGAACGUCAGUAUUUUAUAUGCUGACAUCGUAGGCUUCACCCGAUUGGCCAGUGACUGUUCUCCCAAAGAGCUUGUCAUUAUGCUCAAUGAGCUGUUUGGAAAAUUUGACCAAAUUGCAAAGGAAAACGAAUGCAUGAGAAUCAAGAUCCUUGGAGACUGCUACUACUGUGUGUCAGGGCUGCCAGUCUCUCUACCUAAACAUGCCAAGAACUGCGUCAAAAUGGGCCUGGACAUGUGUGAAGCCAUUAAGCAGGUACGGGAGGCCACAGGAGUGGAUAUCAACAUGAGAGUGGGCGUGCACUCGGGCAACGUGCUCUGUGGUGUCAUUGGCCUUCGUAAAUGGCAGUUUGACGUGUGGUCGCAUGAUGUCACGCUGGCCAAUCACAUGGAGUCAGGAGGCCUCCCAGGACGUGUCCACAUCACAGAGGCGACUUUGAACCACCUGAACAAGGCUUAUGAAGUGGAAGAUGGCAAUGGCCACCUCAGGGACCUCUACCUUAAAGAGCUUAAUGUCCAAACCUACCUGGUCAUUGAUCCACGGUCUAAGGACCCCUCACUGAAUAGCCGUAAACCUCGGGUGAAUGAUGGUCUGAAGAUGAGGGCGUCUGUGCGUAUGACCCGGUACCUGGAAUCUUGGGGGGCCGUCAAACCUUUUGCACACCUUCAGAACCGUGAUGGCUUCACCCCGGAUGCUAUCGUCAAUGGCAACAAGCGAUUCAAGGACAUCCCUCUGCGACCAACCCCCAGCUCCAAGAUCCAUGAGAGCUUUGAUGAGUCUCUAGAAGAUCCGUUAUCCUUGCCUCCCCAUCCGUUCAGCAGCUAUAAGAACAAAUCCCAGAAGAGUAAGUUUGAUGAGGAGCUGCACAACGAGAUGACUACUACUAUAGAUGAGCUCAGCAGCAAGCAAUGGUCUAAGACUGAAGAGAGUGGCAGUUUAGCUCUGUGGUUUCCAAAGAAAGAUCUGGAAAAACAGUACCGAGCCCUAGACUUGCCGAUGUUCAAACACUAUGUUGGCUGUGCUACCUUAAUCUUCCUCUGCAUCUUUUUGGUUCAGAUGUUUGUGACAAAGAAUCGACAGAUGUUGGGGACGUCAUUUGGAGUGUUGGUCUGUGUGCUGCUGCUGACCCUGGCCAUCUGUUUCGCAGGUCACUUCCAGCGCCUGGUUCCAGAGAAGCUUUCGAGGUGCCAGUGGUUGCCAGCUGUGUCGGAGGCAGUGGUGAAGCGGCCGUGUGUGCGCCUCCCUCUGGCCACCAUCACUACUACGGUCAUCAUUAUCUUAGCGGUGUUCAACCUGUGCUUCAUCGAGACACCCGUGCGAGAAUGUUCCACUGAUAACGCUGACCUGCGUCCUACAAAUGAUUCCCAUGAUCCAGGAUUAGAGGAAAUACUCUUCUACCUGCCUUACUCUGUAUACUGCUGCAUCCUAUCGCUCAUUGCAUGUGGAGUCUUCCUUCGGGUGAGCUUUGAGCUCAAAGUGCUCUUCCUCACCCUGGCAUCCACAGCGUAUUACAUCAUCAUCCUCAGCACCAAGAGGGAACUCUUUGUGGUCUACGGAAACUUCCUCCACGCUGAGCAGCUCGACAGCUGGAACUGCAGCAGCAGAGAAGAUCACACCAUCCUGAGAUGGAUAGGGUUGGUGAAACACCCACAGGUGAUGAGUUGCAUAUAUAUCACCCUGUUCCUGGUCACUAUGCUAAUCAUCUCACAACAGAAUGAGUACUGCUUCCGGCAGGACUUCCUGCUUAAGUAUAAGAACCGGACAGAGCAGGACGAGAUAGAGACCAGGGAGAACCUGAACCGCCUGCUGCUGGAGAACGUGCUGCCGGCUCAUGUGGCAACGCUGUUUGUCGGCGAGAAUAAGAAGAACGAGGACCUCUACUACAAGUCCUAUGACUGCGUCUGCGUGAUGUUCGCCUCAGUGCCAGAUUUUAAAGAAUUUUACACGGAGUGUGAUAUCAACAAGGAGGGGCUGGAAUGCCUGCGGCUGCUGAAUGAGAUAAUCGCUGAUUUUGACGAGCUGCUGUCUAAACCAAAGUUCAGCGGCGUGGAGAAGAUCAAGACAAUUGGCAGCACUUACAUGGCGGCUGCAGGGCUUAGUGGGACGCCUGGGCAAGAGAACAAUCAGGACAAAGAGAGGCAGCAGGCCCAGAUCGGCAUCAUGGUGGAGUUUGCCAUUGCUCUGAUUGGCAAGUUGGAUGGCAUCAACAGACAUUCCUUCAAUAGCUUCAGGCUUCGUGUGGGCAUUAAUCAUGGCCCGGUGAUAGCCGGAGUGAUCGGGGCCAGGAAACCUCAGUAUGACAUCUGGGGCAACACGGUGAAUGUUGCCAGCAGAAUGGAGAGCACUGGGGAGCUGGGAAAGAUCCAGGUGACAGAGGAAACGACUGAUGUAUUGCAGAAGCUGGGCUACUCGUGCGAGUGCCGAGGAUUCAUCAACGUUAAAGGCAAAGGGGAGCUGAAAACCUUCUUUGUGUGCACCGACAUGAGCAAGCAGCAAGGUAUGGGGCUGAGCUGAGGCCAGGCCGCCACAGCCAGCUCCACCGGAGACAGAUUUGUGUGCACAAGCCAAGACUUUAAAGACCCCUGUGCUCCACAAGUGUUGAGACAGAAAGGACUGUGAUGCUAAUGACUGUAUACUGAGGUGUAAUGAGGACUUUGCUAUGUGGUGGAUGUGAGCCUAAAUCCACAUUUUUUUAAUCCAGACCUGUUGAGCAGAUCAGGAUGUGGCAGUAAUGGUGGAGAGAUGGUCAGUACGUACAAUCACCAUCUUUUUCUAUACACUUUAACAUCCAAGUGAUCCGUCACUUUUGUACUUUUUUGUCUUUAACUUUGAUGUUGUUUGCGAUAGAAAAAAAAUGCGUAUUGUACUAAUGCCAAAUACAGUUGUGUGAUUUUUGAAGACCUCUCCGGUCCUUUAAAAACAAAACAAUGGAUUCUGUUUGGAUCAUUAUUUGAAACCCAUCUGGUUUUCCUGCUUUGAGACGGGAUGGACACACUGCUCUGUUACUGUGUAAUGAGCACGACAUAUGUGAAGCAGUUAGGCACAGCUGUUUUAAUAAGAGAAACGGUAUAAUGAUAUAAUAAAACUUUUUCUCCUUUCUUUGGGACACAUUCACAUCGUGAAAAGUAAGUAAGUUUAUGGCAAAGCUGCAAAUCCUAAAGUUACUGUAUCAACACUUUUGCUCUUCAUGUGAACAUCUUUAAGGUUCCAACUUUGUAGUUUUGCCAGAUUAAUAACUGUUUAAUUUUACAUAUUUGACAAGAUAUUUGCUGCAAUUCAAGAAGAAAUACACAAAUCCAUGUGCUGUAUGAACGUCAUCUGUUAGUGUUUAUUCUGCUUGUCUGCAUUUACUAUGCUGCAAUGAGGGAAACCUGUGACGCUCUCCUUGGUCUUUUGUCUGUGUGAUCUAAAACCUGCCUGCUGUGAACGUUUCUCUGGAUCCAGCUCAGACGAUCACCUGAACUGAUGUCGAUCGCUCCUGCGUGUCUCUGAAAACUUGAUUUGUCUUGUGGCCUUAACUUUUGAGACCAUCAUCUUGUCUGUAAUUGUGGUUACAUAAUAAUAUUAAUAAUAAUGUAUUGGCCUUUAUGUGAACAAAUGUGACAUUGAAUUUUGUACAGUUACAGAAUGUAAUAAAUGUUUUCCUAAGUC